AUGGAUGUCGAAGCCAACAAGGAGUACCAUCAAAUAGGUCCUGGAAACGACUUUGAUCCAGAUCCACCUGAUAAGGUUCAGGAUGAAGAUCAAGAUCAGAGGCUCGAUGCCAUCUAUGAUGAAGAGCCUUUGGGAUUCGAGAGGGAUCCGCUGAUCAAAGAGGAAGUGGAAAGGCUUCUUCGUUGUAACUUCAUUCGUACAGCCAGGUAUGUCGAACAGUUAACCAAUAUUGUACUUGUCAUUAAGAGGAAUGGUACUUUGAGGAUGUGCAUAGAUUUUGGAGACUUAAAUACUGCAACCCUAAUGGGUGAAUAUUCAAUGCAUGUGGCGGAGAUGCUAGUCGAUUAUGCCGUAGGCCAUGAGUAUCUUAGCAUGCUCGAUGGAUAUUCUGGAUAUAAUCAGAUACUCAUUGCGGAAGAGGAUGUCCCAAAGACGACAUUUCGAUGUCCUGGAGCCUUAGGCACCUAUGAAUGGGUGGUGAUGCCUUUUGGUUUGAAGAAUGUUGGGGCAACAUACUAA